GUGUAUUACCAGGGAUUGCGGAUUUGAAUUUUGGGCGAUGGGCAGUAAAAAAAAGACAUAAAAGGACACGGAGCCCCUCUCACAUAAGUCCACACACUCUUCUUUGGCAUCACUCAUUCCUACUCAUCUCAUCUCCCCAACUCUCAUCCAUUUCCUCAUCUCCAUCGCUACUCCUCAAUAAAGACUCAAACCAUGUUAACAUCCCUCCACAAUAAGGUCUCCACGCUCGUCCAUCGUCGUACCCGUGACCGGGCUGCUCAGGAUGGCGAUAUUCAGGAUGCCAACUUCGUGCCUAACGACGAUGCUGUCGUUAAUACCAACCCCUCCAUCAACUGGGAUUUCACCAUCGUCUUUAAGGGCGCCAAGGACCUUCCUCGUGGCGAUCUGCUCAGCUCCGAUCCAUUCCUGGAGGCAUACCUUGGGCCUCCCGAGGACAAAGAAUCCCUCUCAUUUGUCACCGGUGUUCAGUGGUCGACACUCAACCCAGAAUGGAACGCUACAUGGCACCUCCUGAACGUGACGGAUGGGAUGAUGAUGCAGAUCCUCGUCAAGGACAAGAACAAGAUGAUGGUUGACACAGAUCUCGGAAGAGCAUCCAUGCUCCUCGGCGCAAAACUUGAGGGUGUACAAGAGCACGUCCUGGAUAUCUGGCGAUCGGAUGAUCAUAAGCAAGGUCAAAUCAUUAUUCAGACUACUGGAGUUCGUUGUGCUGGCAAAUCUGCUGCGUUGACUAAGGCGUCGACCAAGGGACCCGCUCGUUACUCUCGCCACACAAGCUACGCGGCCGGUGUCUUGACCCGCGAGAAAACAUACGAGUUUUACACGUACCGCAUCCGUCUUUACCACCUCUUUGAUGUCUUUGGCACAGACGAGCGCUACCAUCAGCACUGGAACACUGAGUACGACGCCGCGAAGCGUAUCUUUGCCGACAAUCUCGAGGGCCUCAACAUCCGCAAUGCGCUCCAUUCGCAGCACUCGUACCUCUACCGCCACGGCCGCAACACCAUCUACGACUCCCUGGCGACUGCAGAGGACUGGGGCAAGCUCUUGCACGGCGACCGCCUGAAGAAGGACCCUAACCAGGAUCUCAAGACCGUUGUGUUCACGUACUCGAUUGUUCCCAAGGGGUUCUACUUUUCAGAAACAGGCACAGCGUUCUUCCAGGACUUCAUGUCGAAGCAUGCCAUGCACGCAAACCGUGCACAGCAGGUGAUGUACUCUGGCGAGUUCCGGCUGUUCAGGGACAAGCUCCAUAACGACGACUGGACAUUGCUGAUCGACAACAACUCGGGUACUUAUGCGCCCAAGAAGGAGGAUCUACUCAAGCUCAAGGAGCUCUUUGAGCUAAACUUUCCUGAUUUGGUCGUGAUGCCGCUGGAUCACGAAGACCCGUAUCUGAAGGAGAUUCGGGAGGCGACGAAGCAGAUCGAGGCUGCGCAGGCUUCUCAGCAGACCCAAAGAUUGACACUUUUCGGAGCGAUCAGCUCGAAGAGCGGGCAGGAGGUUAUGCAGGUCCACGGCCAAGAAAAUGAUGAGUGUCAGGCUUAAGGACGCUUCUGACAGGAAACACAUACCGUAGUAAAUAGAAAUCGAAUAAUAUACCGCCGGCAUUUUUCUUCUUUUUUGGGGGGGAUAAAGGGCACAGAUUGUUUGCGCGACACCUUGUCAAGCCACUUUGUUGGCCUGCCUAUUUGCAGUGAAAAAUUUUUCUCAUACAUAAACAGACUCAUUUCGAU